AUGUGUGAAGACAAUUACACCGCUGUAAAUCAUGUUAUUCUCCAUGGAUUCAAAAACCUUUAUGACUACAAAUAUAAUAUUUUCUUGUUCCUUGUCUUACUUGUCAUUUUCAUUGUUAUAUUGGUUGGAAAUCUUCUUGUCAUUGUUUUGGUUUCAGUCUGUCAGCAUCUUAAACAUCCCAUGUACUUCUUCCUUAAGAAUCUAGCAAUCUCUGACAUAUUAUUCACAUCAAAUAUUCUACCAGCACUGUUACAUAUCAUACUGUGGGGGAGUGAUCACUUAUCUAUAACUGGAUGCAUUCUUCAGUACUAUUUACAUAGCUUUCUUGCAUUUACACAGUCAUUCCUACUAACCAUUAUGUCCUAUGAUCGAUACAUGGCUAUCUGUCACCCAUUACGCUAUGCCUCUUUCAUGAAUACUAGAAAUUGUCUUUGCCUUGUGUGUUUUUCUUGGAUCUUUUCUUACAUUCUUAUUUCAAGUGAAAUUAUUUUUAUAUUCCAGCUUCAGUUUUGUCAUUCGAGUGACAUUGACAAUUUCUUUUGUGACAUAGCACAAAUUCUUGAAAUUUCAUCUUCAGACAAUUCGAUAAUAAUUUGGGAAGACUUGGUAAUCUGCUUUCUUACUAUCUUUUUUCCAUUUCUAUUUGUUGUUGUAUCUUAUAUCUGCAUCUUUGUUACCAUCCUCAACAUUUCCUCUGUUACUGGAAGAAAAAAGGCAUUCGCCACCUGUAGCUCUCACCUAGUGAUUGUCUCCAUCUACUAUGGCACUCUGAUCACUAUAUAUAUGGUGCCAGCCAGAGAUAAUUCUCGGAAUCAAAUAAAGUUUAAGUCUUUAAUCUAUACAGUGUUAACGCCAUUUAUUAAUCCUAUUGUAUACAGUUUGAGAAACCAAGAGAUAUUGGAGAGUUUAAAGCUUGUCAUUAAGCAUGUUCGAGCAGAGAAAUCAUGA